AUGACUGUGAGAACCACAAAGAAGACGUGGGAUCCGUACAUCAUCAUCAAGGCUCGGGACAUGAUCAAACUCCUCGCUCGCAGUGUGCCGCUGCCACAAGCGCAGAAGAUCUUGGACGAUGAGGUCUACUGCGACAUUCUCAAAAUCGGCGGUCUCCUUCGCUCCAAGGAGCGCUUCGUGAAGCGAAGGCAACGCUUGGUCGGACCAAACGGUUCCACACUGAAGGCCAUUGAGCUGCUGACGCAGUGCUUCGUGCUGGUUCAGGGGCAGACGGUCUCUAUCAUGGGAUCCGUGAAGGGCAUCAAGCAGGUUCGACGCAUCGUGGAAGACUGCUUUCGCAACAUCCACCCGAUCUAUCACAUCAAAGAGUUGAUGAUACGCCGGGAGCUGGAGAAGGACCCGGAGCUGCAGAACGAGAAUUGGGACCGAUUCUUGCCACAUUUCAAGAACCGCAACGUGCAGAGAAAGAAGAUGAAAGACAAAAAGGCCAAGAAGAAGAGCAAAGACGUCUUCCCUCCACAGCCUACGCCCAGAAAGGAGGAUCUGCAGAUGGAGUCUGGCGAAUACUUCCUUAAUGAAAAGGAGAAGCAAAUCCGUCAGAGAGUUGCCAAGCGCGAGGCGCAGCAGGCGAAGAGCGCAGAAAAGCGACGAGAACGCGCCAAGGAGUUCGAGCCGCCAGCGCCUGCCAAAGCCAAGAAACGGAAGGAAAAGGAUGCCGCAGAGACGACCCAGGAGAUGGCGCAGCGCUUGGCCAAGAAAGCCAAGGAAGCUCAGCCCAAGAAGCAGCGCGCAAAGUCUGAGCUGCUCCUGUAG